GUGUGUGUGUGUGUGUGUGUGGGGCUACAGUAUAAACGCUCCAGGAAAAGUUGAGAAAGUCGAGACUCGCAGAAUUUGAUCAUGAUCCUGCUCAUCCUGCUUCUUACCACCACUGGGUGUGGCCAGGCUCAUACUGUUAAUGGCCAGGAAAAAAAUGGUGCGUGUGUGUGUAAGGUGAACAGCACACUCUGGGCUUUUCCUACUGCCAAGUUUGAUGUUGUGACAGAACUGCUGCAGAAGUGCCAAGACUCAGUGCAACAUCUCCAUGCACAGAUGGAGAAGUUCCAGUACCUAAACGCUCAGGGUCUGUACAACGCUCUACACGUAAAGCAGCUUAGCCAGGAGAUCCAGCAGCUGCAUGACACCAUAAGUAAUGUACAAACAAGUACAAGGGAGUCGCAGCGGAUACGUACAGAGUUAAAGAACUUAAAGAAGGAAGUGGAUCAGAUGUACACGAAGAAGGUCUUCAACCUGGAAACAACGAGGGAAAAGCUGCGCUCACUUCAUAACCGUGUCCAGGCUUGCAAGACCAUACCACAGGAAUUCAAAAGUUCUUGUUCUCAGCACAUAAUGAUAAAUAUCAGUGCUCCAGUGGUCACUAAAAUGAAUCCAUUUAGUUCGUCCUACAUCUCUGGAGCGUGGGGUCACGACACUGGCCUUAAAGAGAGUUACUGGAUUCAGCCUCUAGCCAGCAGCAACAUGAUGGGCAUCACUGUGCGCUUCUACCAGACUUAUGAAGACUUCAUGGCUGGAACUAACUACAAAGAUGAAGUGGUGGCUAACUCAUACACUCACAGUAACGCCAUUCAGGGUCCAGGCACCAUCGUUUAUAACGGUGUAGUGUAUUAUCAGUGUUAUUACCAGCCUGAACUCUGUGCCUUUGAUGUCAAAACAAAUAAAGUCAGACGUCUCGCGCUUCCUGAUGCCGGAGUCAACAACAAAUUUCCCUACUGCUACUACAGCUGCUUGGAUUGGACCGAUAUCAGCCUUUCGGCUGACGACAAGGGCUUGUGGGUAAUUUACGCCACGGAAGCAAACCACGGGAACAUAGUGGUGAGUCGAGUGGAUUUCAGUAACUUUACCGUAACACACACCUGGAAGACACGUCUGUUCAAGCGCUCGGUGACCAACGCCUUCAUGGUGUGUGGGGUGCUUUACGCAACUCGCUUCAUAAACACCUACAAAGAAGAAGUGUUCUACGCCUUCGACGUGACCACAGGGGCCGAGGACAACAUGCUCUCGAUCCCUAUGGAGAAAGUAGCAGCAGGCGUUGCCAACCUUAACUACAACCCCAUAGACACGAAGCUCUACAUGUACAAUGGUGGCUACAUGCUCGCCUACCAAGCUUACUUUUAAAAACAUCAUGUCUCUUCGCUUUCUUCGUCUUACUUCUUUCAGAGUGGAAAAGCUUUUUCUUAAGCAUUUACACCCUUAAAAACAGGAUGCAAAUCUUGCACACUGCAAAUUACGCUUUCUUAGUGUAUCGAAUUGUAAUAGAACUGUAACGUGUGUUAUUAUAGGCUUGUUAAAGAAACAAUAAAUAAUUAAUAUCUGC